CACCGGCAAACACGUUUUAGAAAUUAGAAAGAUCAUUAUCAUUAUAUAAACCGUAACCUCUUCCUUUUUUAUUUUACUGAUUUAGAGGGAGAGAGAAUAUAAGAAGAGGAAGAAGAACUCAACGGUUAAAUCUACAUACAACCCAUUACAGUUUACAAACAUAUAACCCCAAAACAAAAGCUUUUAUCUUUCUAUUCAAUUCUUCUUCCCCUUAUUUUUCUUUCUUCAGACUUCUUCUACUUCCUUAAAACCCACUUCUCAAUUUCUCUUCCAUAUCUUUGUUUACAAAAAUUACAUCUUUCUCAACUAUAUAUAACAACUUCCACAACUUGUUGUCAUUCUAGAGAGAGGGAGAGAGUUAAGGAAGGAAGGAAGGAAGGUUAGGUCGAGGUGAGAAUGUCUAACCAGGAUCUAGAGCGAGGAGGAACAAAGGCAAGAGGAAAUCAAAAUCCACAUGGGAAUUACACGAAUCCCUACUAUGUAGAGACCUCGGAGCAUCAAUGGACGUCGUGGUUGAUACCCAUGUUCGUGGUGGCUAAUAUUGCUGUCUUUAUAGUGGCCAUGUAUGUCAAUAACUGCCCAAGGAAUAAUCUUAAGUUUGAAGGAGCUUGUGUUGCCAAGUUUCUUGGUAGACUUUCGUUUCAGCCUCUUAAAGAGAACCCUCUCUUUGGUCCAUCUUCUUCUACAUUGGAAAAGUUGGGAGCUUUGGAGUGGGAAAAGGUUGUCCAUGGGAAACAAGGAUGGAGACUCAUCACAUGUAUUUGGUUACAUGCUGGUGUCAUUCAUUUGCUUGCAAAUAUGUUGAGCUUGGUCUUCAUUGGAAUCCGCCUUGAGCAGCAAUUUGGAUUCGGGCGAGUUGGGUUAAUCUACUUAAUAUCUGGAUUAGGAGGAAGCAUACUAUCGUCCCUUUUCAUUCAAAGCAACAUCUCUGUUGGUGCUUCUGGUGCUUUAUUUGGUCUUCUUGGAGCUAUGUUAUCAGAACUUCUUACAAAUUGGACUAUUUACACAAACAAGGCUGCAGCACUAUUCACACUCAUUAUCAUCAUAGCCAUUAACUUAGCAGUUGGUAUUCUACCCCACGUCGACAACUUCGCCCACAUUGGAGGAUUCAUUAGUGGUUUUCUCCUUGGCUUCAUUCUGUUAAUUCGUCCCCAGUUUGGAUACUUGGAGGGCCGUCAUCUUCCAGCAACUGCUCGCGUCAAAUCUAAGCAUAAGGCUUACCAAUAUAUCCUCUUGUUGGUCGCAGUUGUAUUACUUAUUGUCUGGUUUACAGUCGGUUUGGUGAUGCUAUUCAAAGGAGAGAAUGGGAGCAAGCACUGCAGCUGGUGCCAUUACCUAAGCUGUGUGCCAACCUCAAAAUGGAAAUGUGGUAAUUGAGGAGGGGACUUGACUCACUCUCUCUUACCACUUAGUUACACUAUUACCAUCUUUUGAGAUGAUAUGAUUUUUUCUUUCUUUUAUUUGUAUUAGUAAGUUUUUUAUAUGUUUAUUCUAUUGGAUAUUUUUUUUUUCACUCGUGUACAUGCAUAGUUAAUAAAACAUUAUAUAUAUUGUUAAUGAAAAUUUCCAUUUUGUUUGGUUUUAAA